AUGUUGCCCAAGUCAAUUGCUUUCUUCGCGUUCUUCGUUCUCGGAGCAGUGAACGCGAAGCCAUGCAAACCCGGCGCCUCUGUCACUUCAAGCGACCUGUCUCCCUCCAAAACAACUACUCCAGCAUCCGAGACUACCUCCACUUCAUACGAUGCGACCCCGUCCCUCGGAUCCUCUGGUGAUAUCUGCAACGGGAAAAACCCUGCCCCGAGCAAUCGAGUUUGCGGCGCUCACGGCUAUAUUACCAACCAUGACGGAGCAUGGGAAUUCUCGCUUUCCGCAGCUGAUCUUGAUUCAUGCGCCGACCUCUGCUUCAGGAGAACCGGAUGUGUGACCUUUUCCUACAUGGACAGCUGGUGCCAGCUCUUUUCGACUCAAAUUUCCAACAUGGGAUUCAGCCAAGAUCGCAAGGGGCCACCUUUCCAUGAGCUGGGAUGCUUUAACUGUGUGCCCAACGGUCACUUAGUUUUCAACGUCGACUUUUCUGAUCGUGAUAUCGAAGACUGGACACUCAUUACCGCAGAAGAGGACACAUUCUUUUUCGACAUCCAGCAGGUUCAAGAGCCAGCGGGUAUUAUGUCGAAUGCAGUUAGAAUCUUGGAAGCGACUACUUCCGGAAGGGUUGAGCUUCGUCACGACCCAAAAGUCACUCUCGAGGCAGGAGGCAGCUAUCAAAUAUUUAUCUCCGCACAGAGCAAGUCUACAGGCAACGGGAGCUUGGGUGAUGACUUUGGGCUUCUGACAAUCAUGCUCUACAACAAAAACGACAGAGCCUUCGAAGCCAAGCCUGGAAAAGGCAUACCCCUCGGCAUGGACUGGUAUUCAUGGCAGUGGAGCUUUUCACUUGACGAGAGCCAAGGUGGAGAAUACUACUUCUCAAUUUUGGCAGAUGCAAGUGGAUUGGAGCUUGAUUGGUAUUUUGAUGACAUUUAUAUUGAAAUAAAAUGA